GAAACUAAAUUGAGCUUCUUGACUCUUUCACUAUAAGGCAGGUUUUCUAAUCCUUUAUCAUUGACAGGAUGGCUUCCCGGAAUGCCAUUUCAGCUGACUGGUGAGCAGCUUUCAAAUGUCAGCAGCAUCCACAACCACAGGACAUUGACCAACAGAGUCUCCUGGUUUGAACAACAAGAGUUGAGUGAGUCCGAAAAUAUGUGGAUGCUGAUAAUGAAGGGUGUCAGUCAACAUUUAACACACACAAGCUGGAAAACAGUGCCAAGUUUGCCAGAAUUUUUGGCACAGACUUCUGAAAAUGAGAACCACCCAUCAAAACCAGAAAUCUUUAAGGUUGGAACGAACGAUUUUCAAUGGACACCUUUUCCAUCUUUUUGCAAAGAAAAAGCUCUUAAUAGAAAGGAUCCAAACUUCUGUCACAUAUCAAAAACUAAAACAGAACAUCUAAUAGAAAGAAAGGACAAGGCAGACAAAAAACAGCUAAAUAUUGCUCCUGUAGUUGAGAAUCUCUCUCUUAUGGUUAAUGAUGAUCUAGCUGAGAACCUAAGAAUAAAACAUAGCAGAAAAUGUUCUUCAAAAUUAAAAGAAAAAGAAAAGACUGAAAUGUAUGAAGGCACUCCAUGUACAGAUUCGACACUGAAUUCUGUACCAGCAUCUACUCCAAGUGUUGCAAAACAUUUUUGCUUUCAACAGCUCUGUAAAGGGACUGUGCUCAGUGAAGAGAACAACAGAAGAGAAAAUGAAAGCCAAGGUCAACAUUCACUUGCAGAAAUGCACCAACACAAUAUUUUAUUAGGCAAGACCAGUUCUGUAUCUGCAGAAAUAAAGUCUCCUGUUGACAUCCCCAAAAUGGAAGGCCUUAAGGAAAAGGCUGAGGAUCAGAGAGCGGGCACUGUAACUCUUGACAGUUGUCCAAUGUGUCUAAUUCAAUUUACUGGAACAUUGUCUCAGUUGGAUAUUGAUAGCCAUCUUGCUAAAUGCUUGUCUGAAAGUGCUGAUGAUGUGAUUUGGUAAAUGAACAAGAAUGAAGAUCCAAAAAGUCAAAUGCUAAAAUAUUUGACUCUACAAAAUAUUCCUCUCUACAAAAAAAGGAAAGUAUAUAAAGAAAAAUGUGUCCUUAUAUGAUGUGUAUUGAACUUGUAAAAUUAAAAAAAAGUGGAAGGUUAGAAAUACCAUCAGCUUCUGAACCUCUCUCAAAUGUACACACCGUAGCUCUCGUCUGCAAAGAGAAGUCUGGAUUCCUUGGAGUGCCACAGAAUGCAUCUCAAGAAUGUACUAUUGUGGCCUUCAAGUACAUUAUCUGUCCUUUUCCUGUGCAUUUAAACUGUUAUGCUUUUGAAAGGUGCAGCUGGAAGAGCUUGAUACAAGAAAUUUUCUUAACUGUGAAUUUGCCUAAUCCAAAGUGACUCCAGUAUGCUUUGUAUCAGGUUAACUCUUUGGGAAGUAAAUUGCCUGGUGCUUUAAAAAAGUGCUGUAGAACUUAAUGUCUGUUUAGGUUUUUAAAUUUCAGUUCAUGCUUUAUUUGAAAAAAGUUUAAAUAAAAAUCUAGUAGGAAUUUUGCUCUAUUCUGUAUUGUCUAUAUAUGAAUGUAUAUACUGGAAAAGGAAAAUUGCUCCCUUCAUAUGGAUGACAUUCUUGGAUUUGUAUCACUGCUCUCUGAUUCUUCCCUCCCUCAUAAGUCAAGGUCUGCUUCAUUAAAACCUCUUGUUUAAAAUAACUAAGAUACCAAGCCUCAUAUAUAUUAUGCUCAAUACAUGCAUAGAUGUUCUCAUAGUGUCUAAAUAUAUGCUAAAUGUAAUUAUGCUAGUAGAACAAAGCUCAAAUAUACUUGUUGCUGCCCCCAGACAAGUGGAAAAUUGCUUUUACUGUUAUGAAAAUGUAAAAAGCACAGCUUCCUUGUUCAGCAAAUCACAAUGGCAGUUUUUAUGCUCUCCUUUCAGAUCAGAUUUUUUGCUUUAAAAUUGUAGAUGAUUUGUCAUCAGUUUCCAACUGGUUACCAAGACAAUUGAAUAUGUUGUACAUUUUAAAAUCUCAUUACAGUACUGAUUGCAGAUCAUUACAUUCAGUAAUUGCUUAUUAACAGUUUGUGGGGAGUGAAAAUACUGAUGUGCAAUAGAUUUUUCAUUUCCUUGGGGGACAGAUGCCUGGUUGCACCAUCAUUCAUGCAUUAUUAUAGUAUCUGGAUUCACAACCAGAGUUUGAAAUCAUUUCUUAAGAGAAUAAAAAACAAAAAUGACUAUUUUC